AUGAGUGGCACCACAAGGUGUGGUUCAGAGGCGCCGCCUCCUGCUGCUAGUGCGGAUCAGGGGCCAGCCGUGGCUCGGCCUGGGCCGAAUAUUGCUUCGCAACCAACAGUAACUGCAUCACGAGGGACACCCAUACAAGCUGGAGUUGCUGGGACCAAAUGGAAAGCAGCAUCCGCUGCUGCCGAUGUAGUGGAAAGGACGGCGGCCCAAGCAGCUGCUGCCCAGGCAGCUGCUGCAUCUGCAAAGGGAGCAGCAGCUGCCGCCCACGCUGCUCUCGCUGCAGGCAUGGUCGACGAGCAAGAGAUAUGCUCUGCUGCAGCAGUAGGGAAAGUGCCAGGCGCAGCAGAAUCAGCAGUGUACUCGCGCUGUGAGACCGUUGGUGAGGAAGCAGCAGCAGCUGCUGCAAAGGCAGCAGCAGCAGCAAUUUCGGCGGCAGCAGAGGCAGCCUCUGCGGCGGCGGCAGUUGCCGAAGCAGCAACUGGAAAUGAUGAAUGCCAAAUGUCUUCUCAUGUGGAGGACUUUCUCGUAUCUCAGGGGCUGCGUGUCGCAGUAGCCCUUGAAGCUGCCGCAACUGCAGCGGCUACUGCUGCUGAUGCUGCAACACAAGUAGCAGUAGCAACGACCAGCCAGGCUGCGGAGAAGUCUAGUAAUGCCAUUGCUGCGGCUGCUCAACGAUGCCACGAAGCAGCUGCUUCGGCCGCUGCCUCAGCUGUUGCUGCUUUUUCAGCAGCAGCUUCAUCUACCGUUGACUCCAUCGCUUCAACUGCUGCUGCAGCUCGUGCUGCGAUUGGAGAAGUCACGGGAGCAGCAACGCAAAAGCUGAUAGAAGCAACUAAGGCUUUCGAAGAUGCUAUUGCAGCGAAGACAGUUGCCCUGGAGAGCGCUUUGCUUUGGAGGGAAUCGGUCAAGUCUAAUAGCGAAGCCAGCGGAAGCCGCAGCAGCAGCAGCUUCCUCGGACACAGGCUGCGCAGCUCCUCGCAGUUUAGCAGCAGCAGCAACAGAAGUCGAACACGAGGUCGCAGCUCUCUGUUGCACUAUUUUUCUUCAGACUACGAGCGAGAGGGUAGCCAGGGUGGGGCGCCCGACGUUCCAUUCAAUGGCGCUGGUACACCGGAGUUAACGGCAACAGCGGAAGGAAAGCUCAUCGGCGGUGCUGCUGUUGCUGCUUUUCUCUCUGACGGCAAAGAGCCAUUGCUGCCUCAUGAAUAUGGCUUGGAGGUGAGCGGUUUGUUCAAAGGGGAAGAGGGGACCUCACAGCCUGAGCAGCCGUCUAAUGCAGCACCCGUACCUACAACCGACACCCUUCCACGAAAAGACAGCGUUGAUGCCAUUGUUGCCGCUGCUGCAGCUGAAGCAGCAGCUUACGAGGCUCUCGCGGCGCAGCAGCUACAUGAGCAGCACGAAUUCAGUGGUUCCUUUAGCCGUUUCGGGUCCCUUUGUGAGUCCCCUCCUGUGGCAGCUCCAGCAGCUGAGGCAGGUGCACCAGCAUCAACAAGACUAAGAGCAGCAGCGAAUGCAACAGAGUCGAACUCACCAGUCGCAUCGUUGACAAGAACCUACCUACCAGAACACGAAGCAGAAACACCAGCAAGGAGAGCAGCACUUGCGCAAACAUCACGAUGUGAAGACACGGAGGUGAGACAGCCGCAGCAAAGAAUACUACAGAUGCAAGUUCGGCACACCUCUGCCCUUCCGAAUAACCUGGAUGAAUUGCAAGAGCACGAACAACUGCAGGUGCGACAUGAGCCAACUCUGUACUCUCUGGGGGGCAAGGACUGCGGCAAGGAGUGGCACCGCGGCAAUGCAUGUGAAGGCGAGUCAAACAGCCGUGUGCGCAGUGGCUGUAGAAAUAGCAGCAGAGAUGCCGACUUGGAUCGUACCACCAACACAUGCUUCAGCCCUGCUGCCUCCCGCAGAGUUUCGGCUCGCUGCUGCUUGGGCAGCAGCCUGCAAUUGAAGGUCACGUGCAGUGCUGAAAGUGGGACUGGUAGUGGAGACAGCAGAAAAUGCCGGUCUCUGUUGGAGUGUAGACUUGAAGAUUUUCUUGAACAGUGCACAGCUGACCAGUCCGAGGUUAGUGCGUGCAGCUGCGGCAAUUGCAGCAGCAGGUGGGGAGUGCCGGGCCAGCCUCCGUUCAAUUUGCAGUUUACCCAGCCUCUCAUCGGUAGUGCAUCUCCAGCAGAAGUCGUGAACAGUGCACAUGCAGUCGUUGGCGCCCUUUCUUUCUACCAAGGGAACGAUGAGGGGCCCGUGUUUGCUUCUGGUCUCGUAGAUCGAACAUACCUUGAGCACCCGCACUUCUCGAUGCCCACAAUAUCCCUGCUGCGGCAGGAUAUCAGCAGCAGCAAGGUAUAUGGCGGAGACGAGGAUGAAAUAAAGCGACUUGUUCUGCUGUUUCCAUUUGCAUGCGUCUCCGUAACCGAUCUGGUUAUGCUGAUGAAUUGUAUGGAAGACCCCAGGGUGCUUGUAAGUUGCUGGUGCUUUAAGAUACUACUGGCUAGAGUUCUGCUGUUGUGA